AUGGCUGCAAGAGCUGUCGCAAAAGGCGCACCAAAGUAUGUUACCCUAGAGGAGUUGCCGUGGCUCCCACUGACAUCGAUGACCAAGUGUGAUGAGAAAAAGCCGACAUGCGGGACAUGUGCUAGGCUGGGGAUAGUCUGCGAGAGCGUUGAGCUAGACUUAAAGUUCCGAGUCGUGACCGCACUCCCCCCAAAGAAGACAGGUCCGAAGACGGGGCCAGCCGAAUCUGACUCAAGUCGCUUGGGGCUGCAGCCCUUCAGCCAACAUAGUCGAAGUUCCCAAAUUCCGAACAUCAACCUCGUCCACUCACUGCAACAUACCGAUCGAGAUGUCUUUUACUCGACUUACUGGGAGGAUCAUUGCUUGCCAGCACUACAUCCGAUAUUCCGUUCCGCUUCUGAGCUGCUUGGGUUUCCGGCGUUGAAAGAUACCAUCCUCGCUCUAUCUUCGUGCAAUAUCAGCCGCAUUGAUGCUGAGAGAAAAUACUCAACAUCCUUUGCGACCAUGGGUACAUUCAGUCCAAACCUUAUACACCAAACGAGGAGUCAGUUGUAUUAUUCCUCUGCGAUCAAAAGAUUUAUUUCGCUCUCCCAAGAUGACUACCGAAAUAAUGCCACACAGAUCCUUACUAUUCUGGUCAUCUUUGGCUACAUUGAAGCGUCUAUGGGUAAUUUCGACGGAUACUAUUGUCAUGUCCAAGGUCUAUCGGCAUUUCUCGUCAAGCUCCGCGAGACCACUGGAGAUUCACAGUACAGAGCUCUCCUCACUACAUGGCUACAGUCGCAAUUUCUGGUCUGGUGGGCGCGCACAUAUUUCAGUUCUCUAGAUGUACAGCGAAAUCUGCCCUCAAUUGCUUUUCCAAGGGACCUUGAACGAACCUCUGGCUCUCUCCACGAUCUACGGGCCGUGGCUUUAAGCAUUUUAUGUGAAUCCCAUCGACUGAAUGUGAAGGAAACUCUCAAACAUUGGAAAGACCAAACAGAUACCGACCCGGUUUCCCUCGCAAGCGAUCUGCCGUCCGACAGAUACGACACCGAAGACCGCCUCGCGCGAUUAGAGCAUGAAUCCAAAAGGCUCGACGAGUGGCUGUUAUAUCUGCCACCAUCACAACAACCGCUUGUGGUUGAUGCUUCAGAAACAUCGCCCAUCUAUUUUCAAGCACACGAUGCAGCCGUCAACUUUGCUUACUACGUCGUGGCUCGGAUUAUGCAAUGCACAUCCUUCCUGCACAAUCUUCCAUCUCGCGACCCCCAGCGUCUCGGCAGUGAGUGCUUGGAGACAGAACCAUGGGCCCGCCUCCUGCUACGGAUUGCCAAAGGGACCGACAUGCAAACAUCCAUUAUCCGGAAUAACUAUACAAUAGGAUUCUCGGGGCUGUUAUUGGCUGCGUCUCUCCGCUGUCAGGACCUCUCUCUUGGCAUGCAGAUCGAAAAGUGGCUGCAGACUCUAGAGGACAAGCAGCCGACGGAAGAAGGGGCUUUCCCUGUAUACCAGACUCUUGCUGUUGUCAAGGCGAUCAAUCGGCAGAGGAAAAUGGGCCGCGACGUGUUCGGAGUUUCACAGCCCAUGGAUGAUGGCGGCGGAACGCCGAAGUUCACUCAUUAUAACAGCCAGAUGAUCACUACCAUUCUGGUCCACGGGAAGUGGAGGGCUACUGGCAACCUCUUCACAGAGUGUAUAGAUUUGUAUGUAGGAUACGGUAAUGGGAUUUGA